AUGAAGGAACGGUCUAUCGGUAUGUAUCGGUACGGGUUCGUCGUUGCCGUGGUUGUGGUGUUGGCUCUGGGUUGCGGUGCUUCAUCGGAACAACUGAGCUCAAGAGAAUGCGAGAAUCUCGGUUUCACCGGACUCGCUUUGUGCUCUGACUGCAAUACUCUAUCCGAGUAUGUCAAAGACAAAGAGUUGGUAUCGGAUUGUCUCAAGUGUUGCGCGGAAGACUCCAAGGAUGCCACUACCAAGAUUACAUACUCUGGAGCAUUAUUGGAAGUUUGCAUGAGGAAACUUGUUUUCUAUCCUGAAAUUGUUGGCUUUAUUGAAGAUGAAAAAAACCAGUUUCCAUCAGUUAAAGUUCAAUAUGUUUUUAAUUCUCCACCAAAGUUAAUUAUGCUGGAUGAUGUGGGCCAGCAUAAGGAAACAAUCAGAAUUGAUAAUUGGAAACGCGAGCAUAUACUCCAGUAUCUGCGAGAGAAGGUAAAACCUUCGGUGGCAGCUGCUUGA